CAGGAAAACUUCCCGUCAGGAUGUUUUCCCCGUAGGGGUUUUGCGGCCAAGAAAAUAGCUUAAAAGAGAUGUAAAAUGUUUUCGCGGGGCGGUAAUCCUGUGGAAGGCUGUCAUGCUGCCCGGCCGCGCGGCGACUUGGUAAUGGUUAGAAUUUUUACAGAGUCUUAAGGCGUGAUCAUCUUCCGUACUGACGAUGAGGAUGCUACACAUCGUCCUGGUGCUCCUGCAGCUGGGAAGCAGCAGACAACAUCGACCGCUACCUGAAGGAGCAGUGGGGGUGGUUGCGGGAGCGCAUUUCGAGCCGAUACCUCAGGUAACAUUGUACACUUCAUCGGUACCAGUAAAUUUUAAGGUUGCUUGGCCAAUGCAAUUAGAUGACAUUCAGGAUAGUAUCAAAGAAAUCACUUCUUGUCCCUCCAAUAGUUCAAGUGAAUGGUGUGUUAUUUUCAAAGAAUUAAAACAUAGCUUAAUUUAUACUGACAUGCUAAUUAAUAAGGUAAACGAAGCAGCAGGGGAUGACGUAUUGGAUUUUCAGUCUCAAGUUCGGGAAAGACGAGGGUUAAAUUUCAUUGGAGAGUUUUUUCAUUGGUGUUGUGACAUUGCCGUCAAUAGUCAAUUGAAUAAUCUUUUCCUAAAUGAACAACAAAUGUCAGAACACAUAAACAAGAUGGAAUCACAAAUUUUAAACACUCAUGAGGCACUGGCAAAUAUGAGCAACACUAUUUUUGUUAUAAACGAGGGAAUGACCGGAAUUCUAAAAAGAGUACAAUCAAAAUUCACAAAUUUGUCUGAUUACUUAAAAGACCUCCGAGAGACUAUGGUGACUAAGUUUUCAGGAAUGGUUCAAGACAUAGGACAUUCAUUCCAGUUUCAGGUACUGUUGGCCUCUCAAUUAGCCAAACAAGCGCAUACAUUUACAAGACUAGAGAUUCUGGACCAGUGCCGGUCAAAUAAAAUACCUGCCAUUGUAGUUACACCAGCUCAAUUGAAAGAGAAAUUAAAUAUGCUAAAUGAAAUUCUUAAUAGGGAUGGUUAUGCGUUGUCCAUAAGUGUAUCAGAAGUUCAGAAAUAUUUUAAUUUACCCAUUUGUAAAUGUCAAGUCCACAAGGAAAAUUUAUACCUUCAAAUUAAAGUACCAAUUGUUAAACUAAAUUCCAAUUGGAGAUUGUUUCAGUUUGUCGCAGUCCCAUUUCAGUGGAAGAACUCAACUUGUCAUUUGGAUCAUGCUCCGAAUUUUCUGGCAGUGGAUGGAGACCAUCUAAUCACUAUUCAGGGUAGAAAUUUAUUAGAUUGUAGACCAUUUGAAGAUAAAUUGUGUUUUGUUCCCAGGUUCUCCGGAGAUACCCUAGGUAGUGCUUUGUGUCCAAAGGCUCUUUUUCAGGGGAUUACCGUUGAAAAUCUUAGUACCACAUGUGCGUUUCGAUGCCAUUCCGGAAACCAACUGAUGAUCACCCAGGCUGGACCAGAGCGGUACUUCCUAACAAACCCGUCAGGAAAAUUAGACUUGCAAUGCAUGAAACAUAACAAUGAAUCUUUAUUUUUAGGAAGUGGAGACAUCCUCGGAGCUGUAGAUAUAGAAGUACCGUGUGAUUGUCGUUUGUAUUUAAACCAAGAACUUAAAAUUAACGAGUUGUAUCCAUGUGAUGCGUUAACAAAAUCUAAAUUUCAAUUGGUACAUGUAAUACCAGCUGCUUGGACGAAGUUACGUAAAUUGAAAAUUUUCCCUCAUCCUACGUCAACACAUACAGUUUUUCCAUCCUUAAUGGAUUGUUUAGAUGAAAAUUGGCCAACUCUAAUACCACAUUUAAAUUUUUCUUUGACAAAGUUUGAAACCCCUUUAGACCCGAUUCAUUUAAGAGAACCAGAAAACGUACCAAGAUUUGUAAUGAAAAACUUACAGAGUAUUGCGCUUUCCAUUGUAAGUAGUGUAUUAUUAUUUAUUAUUAUUAAAAAUCCAUAUCUAGUAGGUAUUGGAACGCUACCAAGAGUAUCCGCCUUGGACAAUGUUACUACCCUUGGCAUAGAAAUAAGUGUAACUGUAAUUACUAUAUUGGUAAUAGUUGGAAUGUUUUUAGUUCUGUUAUUAAAAUAUCUGAGAAAUCGGAAACCCCUCAGUAUGUCUGUAGAAAUCUCGACUACAGUAGAAAAUGCUGUUCCUUCUACCAGUGGAAAGGUAGAAUUAAAAGACAUACUAGCCAGAGAUAAUGGUUGUGUAGCUAAGAUAUCCAGUGAAACUGGGGAGGAAUUGAAAGUAACCAUUUCCAUUUGUGAUGAUCAGUAGUGAAUGAAUUUUGUUCAAUGUAAAGCUUUACCUACGAUUAGAAAAAUUAGAAUUUGAUUAAUGUUUAUGUGAAGGGGCAUGCGCCCAUAAAUAAUUUUUAUAGAACCAAAUAACGAUGGAGGGAGAAUACCAGGUUCAAUAAGGGGAAUUAUGACGUCAGGACUAAUCAUUGAGAAAGUGGGUGGGAUCCUUUCCGUAUUCCCAUUUUCCACCAUAACCCCCCCCCCCCUUGUGUUUUUAUUAUUCAAGAAGUGACAUUGAUAGUUUUCGUCAAUCGAAGAGAAUGACUUUUGAGGCGGACUUGUUAAGGGCAAUUUCGAAAGGAGUGCUGUGGUGCAGCUCCAUCCAGAACUCUUGUCCCUUCUCGAGUUGGGAGAAGGCGCGUCGUUAAGGGUCAGCCAGAUACCACGUGGGCCAGUUGGGAGAAGAGGACCUGCUUCUACCCAUUGCUGCGGGCUGGUGCCCGUAUCGUCGAAUCGUGUGGUGAUGCACGAUUACCAGGAGUAUCAGCGGUUUGGGAGUGGCCAUGUCCAAGGACAGUGAUUACGCAUCGCGAUAGGGUGUGGCCCCCCAAACAACAAAUUUAUCGAGAAGACUAGAAUUAUCCAUCGUUUGAAACUACUGACCUGACGUUCAAAACAAAGUGUAUAGCAAGACAAGGCCAGUGUAGUUAUAAACUUUCAACCUACACGUGGACACAGUCAAGUUUUUGUUGUAAAUUUUCCUAUUAGGUACCUUACCUUAUCCUUCCUCUACGAAAUGUGGGGGGUAGGCUUUUCUUCAAGAUGUUGAAUAUUGCAGAUGAGUUACGAGUUUAGUUUUUGAAUAGUUACUUGUUUUAAGAAUCUUUAAAAGUUAUUUUUGUGUUGAUACCUGGUAUGACCCUCCUUGGUUAGUUGUGUUGAUCUAUGUUGAUCUCAUGAAUACUUCUUGAUAAACACAUGAAAAUACGUCAUUAACUUAAGUAAGAUAAUUUAAUUGUUUGAUUUGUUCACUAUUAUUUUGAUGUUUGAGAGUUUUUUUUUUUAGUUGUUUGUAAUUGUAUGACUCCUGAUGCUGCUCAUGUAUUUUGUGUAGGAAUGGUGUCGUGUACCGUGGAUGACGAGCAGUUGGGAUGAACGACGUCGGGAUGAACCGGCUGGGAGAGGCAGAAGUUGGAGUGGGGUGUGAUUCUGCAGCUCACAGUUCCGCUGGCUGUUCCUGUCUCUGCCCUGAGUUGGUGCAUCUCUUCGCCGUAUCCCUCCUGGCUGCUUGCUGUCCCAAGCAGUGCUAACAUGUGAAAUUUUGUAAAACACAUUUGUCCUCCGAGAGGAAAUUGUCAAUAAGUGCUAGUAGAACUUAGAGUUGGUAUUUAUACCUAAACAACAACCACUGUAAUCACUAAUUUAAAUUUGUAACUGGAUCACAUAGAAAUGAUAGGGACAAUGGGUUUUUUUUUUGAAGCAAACUUAAAUAUUCCCCAAGCAUUGUUGUAAGCUUGUGGGGCACAAGCUCCUGCCGCCCGGGGUGAUGUCGCGUAGCUCAAAAUUAUCAUUAAUUUAUUUAAUUAGUUUAUUUGUUGAAAAUACAAUUUUAAAUUCUUUUCGCUAGUUCGGGACUUGGUUUCCCUCACGCUAAGAUGGGGUAACACCUUUGUUGGAUUUGGGUUUGCGGGGGGGCUGGAAGAGUGCGAGUCUUGCACGUCUUUGUCUGGGAACGCAGGCGUGACCGCGUUUCAGCCAGGCCAGCUGACACGUUGUUUGCUGCAGUUCCAGAGAAACGCGGCGCAGACUUGUUUGUCGUUUUUUUUUGAGGCCAGCUGAGAGCGCAGAUUGUGCGCAGUCGCCGUGCGCAGGCGAGUGUCGCAAUCUAGCGGCCGGUUUUCUGACUACGUGGGCAACCUGGCGCGGCCGAC